AUAGUGAACGCCAGAGGGCGCAGAAGUGCUGACUUCGCUUAUUUGCCGUUUUUCCUUCCUCCCGGCUGCCCGGAAGAAGCUCUCUUGCUUUAUGGUGAAGAGUGGUCAACUGUGUGCAGUUGCCAGUCAUUUGAGAGCUGUCAUUGUAAAGAUUCCAUAAACUUGCCAGGUCACUUUUCUGUUACUGGCCAUCUCAGGGAUUUGAUAGCUGAAUAAAGGCCUGGUACCAUCAUGCCAGACCGAGAUAAUACCUAUCUAAACAACAGCAGCAGUAAUGAUGAAACUGGCACUAGCACCACAGAUGACAUAUGUAGAGAUUUCCUACGCAAUGUUUGCAAGCGUGGAAAACGGUGUCGUUUCAGACAUCCAGACUUCAAUGAGGUGCCAGAUAUAGGUGUGCAGAAAAAUGAGUUCAUCUUUUGCCAUGACUAUCAAAACAAAGAGUGUGUUCGUGCCAACUGCAGGUUUGUCCAUGGCACUAAAGAAGAUGAGGAUUACUACAAAAAGACAGGGGAGCUGCCUCUGAGACUCCGCGGCAAGGUGGCUGCUGGUCUAGGACUUUCACCCGCAGAUUUACCCCUCAGUCGAGGGGAGGUGCCUAUUUGUCGAGACUUUUUGAAAGGAGAGUGCCAACGUGGGAAUAAAUGCAAGUUCCGGCAUUUAAAAAAGGAUUUUGACUAUGAAGUAAUGCGAAAUGCUGUUCCUGGUUUAGGUGUGGUGGGGAAUGUUGCAUUAACAGACCGCACCCCUCGAGACCAGCCUGGUGUUCCUGGCGUUUCUGGAGUUGUUGGUGUCCGACGUUUUGAUCGGGGCAUUCCUUAUGAACCUAUGAUGGAGGGUGUGUAUGAAGCAGGAUAUGAAGAUUUUGACUCAGGGUUACAAAUGAAGAGGCGUCGCAUGGAUGGUAUGCGUUUUGGAGAGGGCUUUGAUUAUGGGAUUCAGGCGUCCCCACGUCCCGUAGACUAUCGGAUGUUAGAAGAGGAGAAUGCUCUGCUGCGGAAGAGGGUGGAAGACCUUAAAAAACAGGUCUCCAAUCUGAUCGCCACCAAUGAGGUCCUGCUUGAGCAGAAUGCACAGUUCCGAAGCCAGGCCAAAGUUAUGACUCUUUCUUCCACACCUGCCCCUUCAGAGCAGACGCUGCCCACUGCUGUAGGUACAGUAAACACAUACAACCACGGCAUUGCACAGACGCAUACCACACUUAGCAGCCAAGCCCUCCAGCCCAGACCAGUAAGCCAGCAGGAUCUAGUGGCUCCAGCAGGGGCCCAGGCUGCUCCUCCCACUAAUGCUGCCCCACCCAGUGCCCCACCCCCACACUUAAAUCCUGAGAUUACUCCACUGUCGGCUGCCUUGGCUCAAACCAUUGCACAAGGCAUGGCACCACCUGUGUCAAUGGCUCCAGUUGCUGUUUCUGUGGCUCCUGUGGCAGUGUCUAUGGCCCAGCCUCUCCCAGGGAUUACCAUGAGCCAUGCGACCACUCCAAUGGUCUCAUACCCAAUUGCCUCCCAGAGCAUGCGAAUUACUCCAAUGCCUCACUGACCUUUUAUUCUCAGAUUAUGAGUUGCAGCCAUAGUGAGCAAGACUCGGGGAUGGGGAUAGGUUUACCUAGGAAUAUUUUACAGUUUAGUUUGUGGCUCAUGAAAAACAAAAGCAGAAUUCCAGGGUUUACAAAUAGCAGGAGGCAGCAAGAUCUAUAAAGGGCACAAAGAUGCACUGACUAAGCACACCACAUUUUGUGGCAGUCAUGUCCCAGCAGUGAAAUAAGCAGCAGGACUGAACACUUAAAGGCGUUGGCUGUACUUCAGUAAGCCACAAAUGACUGGUGUCCGACUUUGUGGCUGUAAUAGAGCUCAGUGUAAGAGGUGGAGGCAUCAGACCAAAGGUCAUCUACCAUCAGGAUGUAGGGCUUCAGUGAUAGACUCGGUAAACCUAGGGGGCAAUGCCAGUUAGGAAUAGUGAGGAGCUGCUGGCUGAGUCAUAUCUAAAUUAUAUCCCAAGAAGUUCUGAACUCGACAAAACCUGGAGUGAAAAGAGGUUAACACCGUGGUUAAAUGGUCUUGUUUAACUCGAGAUAAAGCACUCUGGAGUUUCACAGAUGCCUCGAAUUGGAGCCUUUUAACUAAGAGGGAUUGCCUGCUGGCAGAGUAGCAUGCAGGCUGGCCCUUCAGCUCUUGCCUAUUGACAUUUCCUACUUGCGCUCCAUGCUCUUUUACUGCAAGCUGCUUCCAUUCAUCAGGAUCCCUUCCCCUCAGAACUUUCUUGCUAUUCAUCACCGAUAUUCUGUUGGCAAUGAGAUGAUCGCACUGCUACCUGUGCUGCAGGACUUUUGUUUUAAACCUUCUCACCAACAGGAUUACGGUGGUGGGACUGAUUACAGUUAAAACAUACUGAUCUUGGAAUUUUGUAAUUUAUUUUUGUUAGAUAUUUUUAGUGAGUCUGACUCUUGAACUGAGCACACAUUGCAAGCAUCGAGGAAACCGCCUGAAAGGACUUAAGUGACGAGAGGGUUAAGAUGGGGGUAGAAGGUGGGUGCAGUGAUGUGUGGUUCUUGUCUUUCUUUUUGUAAAUAGUAAAACGCUUUUUAUUCUGGUUGUCUGUCUACUUUUAUGUGUGGUUGUACUCCAUACUAAAAUGUCUGGAAGGUAUGCUGACAAGUGUCAAAUGGAAAUUAAUACAAUGGUGGAUUACAUUGGAGCAGGUAGAGCAAUUUAUUAGAGACUGUAUGUGUCAGUUAUAGUUUGGAUUUGUUUUGUCUUUUUUUACCUGUUAAACUCAAAUUCAUUUAAUGUAUUCAUUAUUUUAAUUAUUCUGCAUAUAUGCUCCAGUAAUUAAAGUGCAGUGUAAUACAAGUUUUUUUUUUUUUUGGAAUUUAAUUACAAAAAUUCUGACUAUGUGUAGCAUUGAACUCAUCCAAGUAUUCUUCAGCUAGGCAGUGUUUGGUAAAAGUAGUACUGGGUGUUUUAUAAUCCAUGGUAAAAAGUUAUAAUCCAUUUUGGAAAACACAAAUUGUGGGGGGGGGGGGGGAGUAACAUGAGAGAAUGGAGAUAUCAACUUGUUAUAAAAUGAAUUUAAAAUAAAAGGGAAGUCCUUAAACCAAAAGAUUCUUAGAAAUCUUUGUGAAAGCCACCAUUGUAAUCCUACAUAACAUAACUUUUUUCUUUAAAUAAAUUAGUUUUUAAUCAAA